GUGACGUGCUAAUGUUUUGAAUCGUGCUGUGCGGGUUUGCAGUUAUCACCGAUAGAAACCCCUGUACUGACCUGUCUCCCCGUAUAUAUCUGGGGAAAACUAUUAGCUUCAUGUCUCUAUAAUUUCUGUUACAGAUUCGAACGCAAUGGACCUCCAAAAAAUUAUACACAGUGCGCUGCACGAAUUUAUUCAGACUUAUAUUCCUGAUGCAGAUCUCAGCACACUGGAUGAUGUCCUUUUGUCUUACAUCACUGGAGUCCUGGAGGAUCUUGGCUCCCAGCAGAGUGUUGAGGAGAACUUUGAUGUGGAGGUCUUUGCAGAGAUGUUAGAAGCUUACAUACCUGGCUUUGCAGAAAUUGACAGUGUCAAAGUCUGUGAAAUGAUGUUCAGUCUGGCUUCAAAACUAGCUACUGCUCGGACGUCAGCUCGUGAAGAAAAUGGUGUGCCUAAGGCAAGGACAGAAGAGAUCUCCUUGAAGCUCACCAGUGAGCCACCACAAACAGAAAUGCAGUGCCUUAAAACACAGACAGAGGGAGCCACUGCCAAGCUACCGGUGUCUGAGUGGGAGGCCCAGGAGCAGCACCUGUUAGAGAUGUUUCCCAAGUGUAGUCUGACUGAGGCUCGCAGUGCCCUAUCUAUUGCCAAAGGAGACAUGGAGGAAGCUGUACGUCUUAUCAUAGAGGGAGAUGUCCAACUCAGUCCCACACCUCUUAAUGUAAACCAUGGGAAGAGUAUUUCCUCACUGGCAGACCAGAAACUUAAAGAGAGCAUCCUUGAGAAGUACAUGCUGGUGGACAGGGAGGAAGAUAAUAAAACACACCGGCCCGUCGCUCCCAAAGAUGCUCCAAAGAAGCUAGUUCGGUACCACGGUAACCAGGUGGUAACCACAAAAGGAGAACGGUAUCAACUCGUGAAGAAGAACGAGGCGGAGGACAUGAAGAAGACGUACGUCAACCUCAAGCCAGCGAGAAAGUACAGAUUCCAUUGAUGAUGAGCACAGUACUGUAAGAGCAGCUAAUGACAAUAUUGUUUACACUAUUUUUAAUUUAUUAAUUUCAUUAGCCUAAAGUUUGUUUGUUUUUUCCCAAUUAAACGAUGACACCUGCUGUCUUGUCAGAAGCUACUUUUGAAAAAUAUUACCUUUACAUGCCUUGGUUAAAACAUUGGAUCAAAGUGUUUCAGUUUUAUAUUUGAAGAGCUUUUUUUUGUCAGAUAUUUUAGUCAGGAUGUUGUGACUUGCGUUCUUGUGUGAGUGUAACAGCGUAACCUAUCUACUUUUAGCCAUCUCAGCAGGUCUGAUGUUGCACUGACGGUAUUGAGGUUUUGUUUAAUUUUUUUAUUAUUCUUAUGCAUUUUUCUCUUUAAACUGUACUGACAUUUUGAAUGAGCCUAUAUUGAUUUCUGUAAGUUCUAGUGGUGCUGUAAAGUUUCUUCUGGACAUUAGAAGUUUUAACUUUUUUUUUUUUUUUAUGUACAUUUUGGUUUAAUGGCAGGUCCAGAAUUUGUUGGGCACAGUCGUUGGAUUUUUGCCUCUGUACACCACCACAGUGGAUUUUAAAUCAAAUGAUCAAGAUGUGAUUGAAGUGCAGACUUUCAGCUUUAAAUUAAGGGGUUUUACACAUUUUUACGUUAACUAAUUGGGAAUUAUAGCCAUUUUCAUACAGUCUCCCAUUUUCAGAGGGUCAACAAUAAUUCGCCUAACAAUUUUAAAAGUAGAGCACAUAUCUCGCCCACCCCAAACUCUGUGUCAAUACUAUGCUGCAAUAGAUACCACCCAGUGAUGUCAUACUCCAUUGGGUUCAUCUGUAUUUUGUUUUGAUGUUAGUUGCACAUUAGAUCUUGCUCUACAGGAGUGAUUUUUUUUUUUUUUUUUUGACCCUAUAAUUUUCAGCAUUCUUGAUCAUUAGAUCCAGAAUCGUCCUUCGAUCAUGAACAAACUUUGCUAUAUGACAGAAGUUUUAGUCACAUUGCACUGUGAUUCUUUUUAGAGGAUUUUGACUUAUCCUCAUAGGGUUAGAUGCAAAUAUGCCAAUAUUGUUCCUUUUUCACAGUGGUAAUGAAUCCUUUUAAAAAUUCCUGGAUCACCACCAAAAUGUAAUCAUUGUGCCUCCAGAUAUUUUCAUCAAAAUCUGUUGUUCAUAAUUUUCCAAGUUAUCCUGCUAACACAAAAGCAGCUGAAAAUAUAACCUCUCCACCUAUCGGUGGGCAACGUAAUAAACACUAGUGACCCGGUUCCACAGGCAGCCAUACAUGCCUAUGCUGUAACAUUGUCUCCACCAUGUUUAACAGGUAAUUUGGUAUGCAUUGGAUCAUGCACUUUCACACUCCUCUAUACUUUUCUCUCCUCAUCGUUCUGGUAGAAGUUCAUCUCUGUAUUGCCAUUCAUCUCUUGAUUGUAGACUGUGACAAUGAUGUGCUUACCUCCUCCUUGGUUAGAUAGUGUGAAGUUGCUUUUCUUACUCAUGGAAAUUAUGUGAUCACGGCCUUUAGUUGCCUCCUGUGGUCUUUCUGUGGUGGUGUACGCGUUUUUGUCCAACAAAUUAUGGACCUAACUGUAUAUUGUAUACAAUUACUGAGCUGCAAAUGUUUGUUCAAGCCUUGAAUUUUCACUCCAUUUAGCUACAUUAUAUUAAGUCCAUAAGAGGAAGUCCUGAUUGUUUACGGUAAUCACCUUUUGGAUGGGAGGAUGGGAUGUUUUAAUAUGCAAAGUUUUACACCAUUUUAGUUGUUUAUAAGUUAUCUUCUUUCGGCUACUCCCUUUAGGGGUCACCAUAGCGGAUCAUCUGUUUUCAUCUCACCCUAUCCCUAGCAUCCUCCUCUGUCACCCUCUCCAUGUCACUGCAUCAUUGAAUCUUUUCUGAAGUCUUUUUCUUUUCCUGGCUGGCAGCUCCAUAUUCAGCAUCCUUUGUCCAAUAACUCACUAUCCCUCCUCUGCACAUGUCCAAACCACCUCAGCCUUGCCUCUUUUUGUCUCCAGACAGCUCAACCUGAGCUGUCCCCUGGUAGCCUCAUUUCUAAUUCUGUCCAUUCUGGUCACUCCCAAUGAAAGUCUUAGCAUCUUCAACUCUGCUACCUAGUUUAUAAGUACUGAAUUUAAAAACAUUAAAAAAAAAUCCAAUAACUUGACCUAAUGUCUGACAAAAGUGAGAUUUGACAAGCUAUAAUAUCACAGCUUAGCCCCAAUAAAAGAGGAGGUGCAUUUCACAGGCCUUACCCAGCUAAAAACACCAUCAGUAAAUUAUGUAUAACAUUCAUUUUUCAAGAUGUGAACAAACAAUUGCAGCACUAUACUUUCUGGCAUAACAAAGUUGUGUGUGUGCGUGUUUAUCCCCCUAAUGCUGAGUGAAAAGUGCUGCUGGAGAACUUCAUUUUAAAGUUCAUUCCAACAGUAUUACCUUUAUUUUUGAUAUAGAUGUUUAGAUUUGCAAAGUCUCCAAUCAUGUUUUUGUGAUAACAGAAGAUCAUGUGCUUUCAGAGUCUGUUUACAUAUUACCGAAGUGGUUCUCUUGUCACUGUUCCUCUCAUCUCAUUUGUGUUCUGUGAGGUUUGCUUUGCUUGUAAUUGUGGAUAGAUUUUUUUUUCUUUGACAAGUGGAUUCUCAUUUCUUGUUAGCUGUAGUUUAGGAUAAACUAGGUUUUGUUUUUUUAGAUAAACUAUUUGUGUUCCCCCUGCGUCCAUUUGGACCAGCUAUAAGCAUUUGUUCUAAAUGGGUGGUAUAUAGUUUUCCCUGUGUAAUGUAACACAAUUAAGUGUUGAAAAGAUGUGUUGUUACUGGUACUUAUCAGCAGCAAUGGUAUCUUUAAAUACUAUAUGAUGGUGUUACUGUGUAGAGCAUGGAAUGGAUCCCCUGAAGCUGUUGUAGUGACAACUGAGUUGUAACCGCUCGCUCUGAGAAACUGCUGACGCACAAUUUAUAGUAAAUACUAAUUUUGUAGACUACCAUUUGAGUUGUAUUUAGUUAUUCAUGUCACAUGAGGUACUGAAUUAAAA